AUGCUUCAUCCUAUACUAUUAUUAAUUGUCAAAGUUAACUCGUGUUUACAAGCUGAAGAAUUAAAUCUAUUAACAUCUACAAAUUUGAUUCAAUCUUUAAAACAAAAAUUAUACCAGUUAAGAUCAGAUACUACAUUUUUUAAUGAUAUUUAUCGUGACACUGUGAAGCAUUGUGGAGAAAACAAUGUGGCGAUACCCGAAGUAAGAAAACGUAAAAUAUCUACAAAGAUUGAUUAUUCUGCAAACAAUCAAUACUUUGCCGACACGAAAGAAGAAGAAUUGAGAGUUUAA